ACUCGACCGCUGAUAAGGCCACAACAUAUUUACCACCUGAAAAGUUUGAUUAGCUUCUCACCUGCUGUACCUAGAGACAAACUUUUUUCGCUAGUCAUGGCUGCUGCUGCUCCCUCUGAAACCCCUACUGCGCCCGCCUCCUGGUGUGGACGCGGUGCCAAGCCCCGCACCUUUGAGAAGCAACCGCCAGUGAUCUGCUAUGACAAGCCCGCGGCAUCGAUCGUUUCGAAGGAGGAGUAUGAUGAUAAGCGCUAUCGAGCACUGACUGGCGAUCUGGUGGAGACACUGAUUGUGCCUAAGCGGGAGGCACGCACCUGGACGAUGCAGGAGGGCGAUUUGUGCCGUGUGACCGUCCACGAAGGUUCCCAGGUGGGCGACAUGAACUUUUGGAAUCUGGAGAACACCGCCGAGCGCUUCUACUCGGGCAAGACGCGCCAGUUGCACUCGUCGCAUCUGCGAGUUUACGAUCGCCUGUGGAGCUGCCUGCCCCACCUGCGUCCCAUGGCCACCUUUGUGUUCGAUUCCCUCGCCGCCUAUGGAAUCGAUGAGGAUGGCGGUGCUCUGCACGACGUGAUUGGGACGCGCUGCGACGACUACACCUACAAGCUGAUCACGGGCAAGGAUCGGGUGGGCAGCUGCCACAGUUCCCUAGUCAAGGCGGUGGUGGAGGAGCGCGGCCUGACGGAGCAGGAUGUGCACGACGUGUGGAACAUCUUCAUGUGCACCGGUUUCACGCGGGACACCAAUCAGUAUUUCUGCAAGGGAAGUCCCGCACGCAAGGGGGAUUUCAUUGAGUUUGUGGCCGACAUGAAUCUUCUGGUGGCCCUGAGCGCCUGUCCGCAGGGCGAUGUCUCCAUCCAAGUGGGUGCCGAAGUGCCGGACGACAAGUGCCACCCCCUCAAGGUCGAGGUGUUCCGCCGCAAGUAACCAGAGCCAUUUGUAUUCCGUGUGGGAAAACCUGGGUUCUAUAAAAGUGCCAUUUAUGUAAACAGUGCCAUAGAGAUGCUUAAGAUCAUCUGACGUACUGGUGACGAAUUUUCAAUAAAAAAAUAUAACUGCAACACAUUAAA